AUGAAAAGUAUAAGGAGCUUUGACCUUUUAAUAAAGGGGAGAAUAUUUUUAAAAAAAAACGAAUUCAACAAAAUAGGCAAUAGAACCUUUGGAGGAACCUUCAACCACAACAUAAAGGAAAACGAUCGAGUACCUCCAGCUUCGGAAAAUCCAAGUUACAAAAAUUUGUUCGAUCAUGCAGAUGAUAUAAAAUUGUGGGAAAUAGAAGAGAAGGAAAAUAUUUGCCACAAGAGGGUAGAGGAUUUGUCCGAGUUGGUUGAACCGUCAAAUCACCCACAUCAGUAUGAAGGCAUUUUUGUGAGGACAAGAUAUGCACAUUAUAACCAAACAGCUGAACCCGUUUUCCCAAGAAAACCAAAUUUAGAAAAGGGCGAAUUAGCCAGUGGAGCUAAUGUAACAAGAACAGAUGUCUGGCAUAACCCUAAAGAACCUGCUGUCGUUUCAGUAGGUAAAUUUGAACCACAUAAUUUUCGACCAGCUGGUUAUGCUGAAAAUGCGCCCAACCCAGAUAGUAUAAACUCAGAUUAUCACCCAGAUUUUAGAGAGUAUAGAUUAAGAAGUGGAAAUGCAGACAGAAGAACCUUUAUGUAUUUUAUAAGUGCCUCCUACUUUUUUAUUAUGUCGUCUAUUAUGAGAUCAACCAUAUGUAAAUCUGUGCACUUCUUUUGGAUCUCCAAAGAUUUAGUUGCAGAAGGAACUACAGAAUUAGAUAUGAGGACAGUAAGCCCUGGAGAACACGUUGUAAUAAAGUGGAGAGGGAAGCCAAUUUUUGUGAAGCAUCGAACCCCUGAGGAUAUCCAGAGAGCUAAGGAGGACGACAAAUUGGUGGAAACUAUGAGAGACCCUCAGUUAGAUUCGGACCGAACUAUUAAACCUGAGUGGUUGGUUAAUAUAGGGGUCUGUACACAUUUGGGUUGCAUUCCAGCCCCCGGUGGAAAUUACAACGGCUACUUCUGCCCUUGUCAUGGUUCCCAUUAUGACAAUUCUGGCAGAGUUCGCCAGGGCCCCGCGCCGUCCAAUUUGGAGGUUCCCCCGUAUGAGUUUGUUGACGAGAAUACGAUCAAGAUUGGCUGA